AUGUCUAACCUGUUACACCAUACAGCAUGUUCUAAAUCAAAACAAGAAACUUUGACAGGAUUCUUUAAGAAGAUGUCUGAAAAACCAGCUGCCUCUUAUGUAAACCAACAAAGUGAACCAAUUAUCAUUGACGAUUCUAAAGAAUGUGAUAAUCUUAAUAAGACACAAGACAAUCUUUCAACUCUCAGCACAAAAGUUUCAAAGUUUCAUUCACCUAAAAAGCUGAACGCAAAGAACAAUGGAGCAAGUUAUAAAGAUUUAUUUUCGAGUUCUAAACUCAUCUGUCCUGUUUGUGAUAAGGAGAUUUAUUGUGGUGUAAAUGGAAUGAGUUUACAUGUUGAAAAAUGUCUUAAAGGAGAAAAUAGCAAAGAACCAACAAUGGAAGUGGUGCCAGCUUCAGACUCUGUUUAUCAGGUUACAGCCCCUGAUAAACCACAAUUAAGUAAACCAUCUACAUCUUGCCAGUCAUCUGUUUUUACUUGUCCUAUUUGUGAUCAACAAAAACAAUGUUCAUCUCUUGAAGAAUUUAAUUUACAUGUUGAUGCCUGUUUAAGUAAAGACACUAUUAAAGAGAUCUUACAGCAACAAAAAUCUUCAUCAACAGAAAUUCUUAAUACUAAAAAGAGAAGAUUAAAUGGAGAGGACAAGAAAUCAGACCAAGUUUCCAAGAAAAAGAAAACUAAAUCCAAUUCCAAAGUCAAAACAAAGUCCAUAGAAUCAUUUUUUAAGUCUUGAUUAAAGUCAAAUUCGGCCUGAAUUUGAACCAUCAACAUGUCCACCAUUGAAGCAUUGACAUUUAUGAUCAAGCAAACUAACAGCUAACAUUUACAAAAUUAUGGCAUGUUUUGUUCCACAUUGCACAGUAUAUUUUAAGCCUUGUCAAUAAAGUGGCAUUAAAGGAAAAUUACCCUAUCUCAUGCUUGUUGAAUUUCUUUCAAACCACAUUGAAUAAAUAACUUAACUGCAUCCUAGAUUAAUGAAUUUUCUUGGAUUUUCUAUUAUGCUCAUUAUUGUUAUGUAUUUUAUAUAUGAAUAUUUACACUUGUUAUAUUACUGAUUAAACUAUUUUAUUAU